UCCUCCCCCUCAUCGUCCCAAUUGUAUUCCCUGGAAGAGCAGCCGGAAAAGCCUCCGCCUGCUCAGACUGGGAUAAGCGAGAAGCUAGUUCCUUCUCGCAGCCAGCUCUUUGAGCGCCAGGAACCGCCGGCACAGCAGCACCAAAGGUCGCGAGCACAACGCGAGCUCAGAUCCAGCCAGGAGCCAGUGGAGAGGGAGAGACUUCAGCACCACGGACAGCGUCCCGCCCGCGGCCCUCCAGCCCGCGGCGCGCUCCGGCCGCUUUAGGCGAGACUCCAAGCUAUGCCAGAGGCAUGGCCUGGCGCUCGGGCCCCAUGGCGAUGCUCAUCUGCUUCGGCCUCCUCGGGCUGUGCUCAGGAGUCUGGGGUACAGACACAGAGGAGCGACUGGUGGAGCAUCUCCUGGAUCCUUCGCGCUAUAACAAGCUUAUCCGCCCAGCCACCAAUGGUUCUGAGCUGGUGACGGUACAGCUCAUGGUAUCACUAGCCCAGCUCAUCAGUGUGCAUGAGCGGGAGCAGGUCAUGACCACCAAUGUCUGGCUGACCCAGGAGUGGGAGGAUUAUCGCCUCACCUGGAAGCCUGAGGAAUUUGACAACAUGAAGAAAGUUCGGCUCCCUUCCAAACACAUCUGGCUCCCAGAUGUGGUCCUAUACAACAAUGCUGAUGGCAUGUAUGAGGUGUCCUUCUAUUCCAAUGCCGUGGUCUCCUAUGAUGGCAGCAUCUUCUGGCUGCCACCUGCCAUCUACAAGAGCGCAUGCAAGAUCGAAGUGAAGCACUUCCCGUUUGACCAGCAGAACUGCACCAUGAAGUUCCGCUCCUGGACCUACGACCGCACUGAGAUCGACCUGGUGCUCAAGAGUGACGUGGCCAGCCUGGACGACUUCACACCUAGCGGCGAGUGGGACAUUGUGGCACUGCCCGGCCGGCGCAACGAGAACCCGGACGACUCCACUUAUGUCGACAUCACCUACGACUUCAUCAUCCGCCGCAAGCCACUCUUCUACACCAUCAACCUCAUCAUCCCCUGCGUGCUUAUCACGUCCCUAGCCAUCCUUGUCUUCUACCUGCCAUCCGACUGCGGUGAGAAGAUGACUCUGUGCAUCUCUGUGCUGCUGGCACUCACUGUCUUCCUGCUGCUCAUCUCCAAGAUCGUGCCGCCCACCUCCCUGGACGUGCCGCUUGUCGGGGCUGACUCCUGCACGUGCUUUGUCAACCGCGCGUCGGUGCAGGGCUUGGCUGGGGCCUUCGGUGCGGAAUCGGCGUCGGCAGCAGGCCCCGGGCGCCCCGGGGGGCCGUGUGGCUGCGGUCUCCGGGAGGCAGUGGAUGGCGUGCGCUUCAUUGCGGACCACAUGCGCAGCGAGGACGACGACCAGAGCGUGAGUGAGGACUGGAAGUAUGUCGCCAUGGUGAUUGACCGUCUGUUCCUCUGGAUCUUUGUCUUCGUCUGUGUCUUUGGCACCAUCGGCAUGUUCCUGCAGCCUCUCUUCCAGAACUAUACCUCUGCCACCUUCCUCCAUGCAGACCACUCGGCUCCCAGCUCCAAGUGA